UCCUUGGGUUUCAAUUCCAAACAUGGUUAUCCUACUAGGGUCUGUCUCCCCUCUCCCUCUCUCUCCCCUCUCCCUCUCUCUCCCCUCUCCCUUUCGCUCCCCUCUCCCUCCCUCUCUCUCUCUGUGCUGCCAACUGUGAGCUCUCCAGAGUAAGCAAAUGGCUGAGGGAAAUAGAGAGAAAAUCAAGAGACAGACACAGCAAAACAUAGACGGGGAAAAGAAGGGACGAGAGGGUGGGAGAGACGCACAAUGUGAGGAGAAAUCCAUUCCAAUCAUGUUUAUGGUGUAAUAACUGAAGCAGGACAAAGAAAAUCUGUAGUCCGGCUGUACGUAAGAGGGCAACAGAACAACUUUUGACAAUUCAUACUAUUUUUUGCAACGUUUUCUCUGUUUUGACAAUACCUUGAUUGAACUUUUAAGAAAUAGACCAACUACAGUGACAACUUUUCAGACUCACUGGUAAAGCAACAACAACAACUUGAGGCUUGAGUGGAGGACAAACUUUUUCUUCCAGCUUUGACCUCAGGUAGCGUAGUAAACUUUGGAAUAUUCUGAGUGUAACUGUUUUUUUGGAACUUAUUGAACAACUAGACAGUUUUGUUUGGAAUAACAGCCUCCCUCCACCAUGAGUGCAGACAACUCCACCCUGUUGGAGACAGUUUUCUACGGCCAUCCACCAUGUGAUGGCUGGACCAACAACACAGAGGGGGCCUUCUACCACCUGGGCAACACCGUCUUGUUCCUGGGGUACAUGGGGGGCAGCAGUGCCUACGGCUCCCUGUUCAUCUUUGGUUUCAUGACGCCUGCCUUCACCUGCCUGGCCCUGUGGGGCUGGAUGACCAUGUGUGGGGUGGACGUGUUCACCUGGAACCUGCUGCUGCUGGUGGCCUGCGUGUUCCAGAUUUGCCACCUCAUAUACAGGCUGCAACAGGAUGGCUUGGCCAACGAGGAGCUGUCGGCCCUCUACUCAGCCAUCUACCUGCCCCUGGACGUGCCCGUACAGGUGUUCAAAGACAUUGUGGGGGCCUGUGAGAACAAGGUGCUGGCCCUAAGAGUAGAGGAGACGUAUGCAGUGGAGGGCAAGACGCCCAUCAACCAGCUAUCCUUUCUGCUGUCAGGGAGGAUCCGUGUGUCUCUAGAAGGACAGUUCCUCCAUUACAUCUUCCCACUCCAGUUCCUGGACUCUCCUGAGUGGGAGUCUCUCAGACCCAAUGAAGAGGGGAACUUUCAGGUGACCCUGACGGCGGAGACGGACUGCCGCUACAUCUCGUGGCGCCGGCGCCGCCUUUACAUGCUGCUGUCCAAGGAUCGCUACAUCACCCGCCUCUUCUCCGUCAUGCUGGGCAGCGACAUUGCCAACAAGCUCUACUCACUCAAUGAUAAGCUCUUCGCCAAGAGUGGUGUGCGCCUCGACAUCCGCCUGCCCAGUCUCUACCAUGUCCUGGCCCCCUCACCCCCGGGCAGCGAGGGUGAGGUCUGUAGCGGCAGUGGUAGUGCAAGGGACCGGGUAGACCCAGUGGAGCAGCAGGAGGCAGCAGUGGUGGAUGUGGACCCGGUGCCAGCCUACCAGAAGUCAGAGCCUCCAACACCCCCGACCCCACGGCUGCAGAUCCAAGAAAAGUCCCCCAACCCAUCAACUGCAAGCCCCCGCCAACCCCAGGGCCCACACCCCCAGCGCCAGCCCUGGCCCUCAGACAUGGAGAUGCUCUCUGGAGGGGAAACCGCUGGGACUCUACCAAUGAGAUACCAGAGAGGAAGAGCUCCUCUGGCUCCCACUGACACCCCUAAGCUGUGAUAGUUUUACCAAAAGUGCAAACAGUUCCAGGUUGUCUUUAUUACAGUCAUGCUGUGCAGCUUAUAACACUAUCACAGAAUGUUUAUGCAUAUCUAUAGCAUUUUCCUGAGAAGACCAGUGGAACUGCAGGAAAGACAACCUGGGAUAUAACUAUCACCACUGUCCUGGGUGGAGUCAGGCCCACCCAACACCACAUCCCAGUCUCUCACCUAACAUUAUCUCACUCCUGCGAUGUCAUCUGUGCAUGACAAUAAAGGAUAGAGUGAGACUCUGGACACUGAACAUAAUUAUGUUAUAAACUGAAUUUAUUAGUUAAUGUCACAGAAAAGAAUGGUAUUCUCUUUUUAUUAUGCCACUCACAUCUCCCAUUCAUCUGGAUGGAAAGCCGUUUGAAGUGGAGAUAGGAUUAUGCUAUUAUGAUUCCACAUUAAACUAAUCAUGUGCAUUAGAUUUUUUAACAGCCGGGGUUGGGUUGGCUAGCUAGGGGCAUGUUAAUCUUGUUUGUUUGUGCAGACAUAAUCUGAGAGAAUAAUGUUUGACUGAGAGCAUGCUAAAAGGGUUUUCUCUUCAUACAUACAUAUUUUCAAAUCAUGAUUCCAAAUUUAACAGGCAGACACACACUUCUGCAUUUUGUCUACAUGCUUGUAAACGUGAGAUGUCUCACCCAUUGUACAUUUAGUCAGAAAACAUAGAACAGGAGUAUUUUGUUUUUGUUGUUUCCCCCCCAAAAUGUGGGCCUACAUAUACAUGAUGUGAUAAACAUGUAUUUUCACGGGGCCAAUCUUUCUCCAUAAAGUUCUUGGUGAAAAUGCA